AUGACACCCGGUCAACCCCCCUCUACACCGGACCCCCGAAAGUUCCUCCUCGCCAAGAGACACCCGCCCUCGUCGCGGGACACGACGACGACGCCCGGACACCCGCGGCAGUUCCAGCCCAGCGGCGCCGCCACCGCCGUGAGCAGCCAGCAGCAACAGCAAAAGUUUCACGCGACGCCGCGGUUCGCGGCUCCUUCCUCUUCUUCGUUUGCGUCGACGCCGCGGCCGCCGUCGAGCGCGCAGGGGUUCGUGCCCGGGUUUGGGUUCCCGGGGACGAGCGCGGCGCGGCGGCAGAGGGAGGCGAUUGUCGAUGAUGGGGUCGACAGCUCGCCGACGGGCGUGAGGGAGGGGUUGGGCGGGUCUAUCGAGGAUGAGUCGUCGGCGGAGGAGCGUUCCGAUUCCGAAGAGGAGGCGGGACGCGAGGGAGACGCAGAGGAAGAACAAGACGAAGAGGAACAGAUCCGGGACUCGACCCCCGGGAGCGAGGGGCCGACGCCGAAGAGGAGGCGGGUUGAGAUCGAAUCGGAAGAGGGGGGCUCGCAGGUGUCUGAUGGGUACAGGGACGGCGAAAUACGAACUUUGGACGAGCGCGAUGUGCGCGGAGAUGAGGAUGAGAUGAUGCUCGAUGCGCCGGUGACGCCUUUGCGAGGCGGAAAGCAGGCGUCAGACAAUGAUGAUGACGACGACGACGAAGAAAAAGAAGGGGAAGAGUUGGCCGAUGCGGCGGCCGCCCGCAUCCAGCAGCCUACUUUCCAUCGGCCGCCGCGGUUUCGCGCGCCAGAGGUCGAGGCGCCGAAGCCGGACGGGUUGCCGGAGGCCUUCUCGCCGCAGAGACGCGGGGUCAGGUACAUCCCGGGAAGCUCGCGGCAGAGAUGCAGUCAUGGCUCGCCGAGGUCAAGGGGUGGAGUGGGAGGCAUGAGAGACAGUCGGAGACGGCCGUGCAGUUCGUCGUGGAGGAGGUCGAGGCCGGGGGCGUGA